AAAAGAUGGCGUAUGUGGCGAGGUCUUACGUCCUGAACAAGAAAAGGCAAGAACAGGCAGGUAAUCAACGAUGCCAGAAAUGUUUGCAAGUGGGUCAUUGGACGUACGAAUGCAACAAUAAACGAAAAUAUUUGCAGCGAGAUUCAAGAACAGCGGUGAUGAAAAAGAAAAUCAAGUUAGCCAGUUCUUCUCACGAUAAUAAUGAUUCAAGUAAAAGUGAAGCAGUCAGGAAGGAAAAGAGCACGCCAAAUAAAAGUGGCAGCGAAAGCAGCGACAACAAUGACGAGUCUGAAUCUGAUGAAUCUUCCACAACAGACAGCAGUGAUUCAUCUGAUGACAGCAGUAGCUGUAGUUCUCCCAGCUCCAGCAGCAGUGAUAAAAGUAGUAACUCUAGUAAUUCAAAGGAAUCAGACAGCGAUAAUGAACGGAAAUCGAAAAAGCACAAGUCAAAGAAGCGUUGAGCUGAUAUGAGAGCCACAGAACACGAGAAUCACACCACCAUAUUUAGAGGAUGAUAACAGUGUUAUACACGAGGUGACCUGGGAACAGGUUUUGAUGUCAUCCUUCUCUGCUGCAGGUCUUGUAGAAGGACUGCUUUGUUUGAUUGCAAAUGUCAGCAAAACGGAUAGUUCACUGCUAUAUCAGAGUCAUGUUUUGUGUGCUAGGGCAUUUCUUCUCCAAGACCACGUAUUACCGUUAUGUUUCCCUUUUAUUCUACAAACAUCAAACGAACAAGGAAAGCCAAUGAAUCCCCAAGUAAUUUGGUUUCAUUUUGUUUCCAGAUUCAGUCGUGCUUAGCAGAUGUUCUGUAAGGUGGGCGAGAGUGGUUUGAAAAAACCCUGAAAAUGUCAAAAUCGGCGCACGAGUGUUUUAAAGUUACACGCACCAGCUGUUUUGAAACGGUGUGUGUUCUUUCUGGGCGACGUGAGUGUUUAAACGGGGCAUGCGUUGGUUUAUUGAAGCGGCACUUCAGAUAUCAAGUCCUUCUCGACGUUUUAGACGUUAUUAGGCCAUACAGUAUAGAGAACGUCCUCCUUUCUGGGUGGCACUUUGCAAUUAUGUUUAAUUGCACUUGAACGAAAUCUUAAAUUCUCUUGGAGAAAUAUUUAAAAACAGGCUUUUUUAUAUGUAAAUUUUGAUGUAUCAAUAAAUUUGUCAUUUCGUUUUGUUA